AUGCUCAUCUUUCAUUAUGGCGAGACUAUUGGUGAACAUGGCUUCACGAUCCACUCUAUUCGGCAAACAGGACUCCAUCGGCCACCAGCUGCCGAGGACGUCCCCAUGGGAAGCAGCCCUGUCGCCAUGAUCUGCGAGCAAUCGCCUAGCUCUGCGGCGACGUUGCUCUUGACAAGCCCUACGCUCUCAUCCGAAUCAUCAUGUUGCAACUGGGAAAUGAUAGCCACGAGGCUUCGACUCGCGCAGAGCCCGGAACGCCUGCAGUUCCAACAACAGCUCAGGGCGCUACAACCGCUGGUCACCAAAGGACGGCCAGUCGGAAGUCUCGCAUCACUCUGGCCUGCAAAAGAUGCAAGCGCCGGAAACAAAGGGUGCGAUUGGCACAAAUGCACCGCAGCUUGCGCCGAGAGCAUACAUGAUACUGACGAAGCGUCGCAGUGCGAUGGUGGGCACCCUAGCUGCCAAGCUUGUGUAAAGGCCAAGGAGACUUGUAUAUACGAGAGAAUAGCUCGCCCUCAGUACCCAGGUGGGAAAUCAUUGUACAUCAACGCCUUGGAAGAGCGCAUCGCAUUUCUUGAGGCUCGUCUUCCUGAUCACGCCGAAGAUCACUUCAACAGUGCCUCUGAAAACCUUCAGCGAAACAAUUUCGAGACCUCAGAGGCACUUCUCUCGAGUCCUGAAGCUCGACGCGAAUCUUGUCGUGAGUCACAAGCUGGAUCGAUUUCGGAAGAGCUCGAGUUUGACGACGGUAACUCGUUAGUCAAUGGGGUAGCUUACCUGUCUCUGUGCGCCUCUGGCACUACCGAUACUGACCAUGAACCGUACUAUGUGGGUUCAAGCUCUGGAGCCACCAUAGCUCGGGUCAUUCAAUCUUCGAUCUAUCGAGGCUCCGGUCGUCGACCAUCUGAUCUGGCAACAACCGGCCGAGAUCGUCAAGCUCCACCAACAGCAACACCAUCUGCUCAGCCUGUUGUGCCUGCAGCAAGUGCUGCUAUAGAUACACUUCCUGACCCGCCGCAAGCGCGAGCUUUGUUUGACUUCUUCUUCGAAAGGAUUCAUCCUCGCUGGCCAUUGCUUGAUCGGGCCGUCUACCAGCAGAUAUUCGACAGGCAGUACUUGCUUGGCGCACUUUCAGUUACAGAACGCAGCAUAUUGCACCUCAUCUACGCUAUCACAGCUCGGUUUUUGGCUGUAACGAAGAAGCCUUGCGGCGUCGAUGACGAGGCUCAACUCACUGCAGCAACUGAGCCAAUGGAACAAAUACUUAAACAACACGAUCUUGCGACCGUUCAAUACCUGAUCCUUCUAGGUGUUCAUGGUCAAAGGUCUCCGUAUGGCGCAGGAGCGUGGACGCAGAUUCGAUACGCUACUUGUGUCUGUAUUGAGAUGGGUUUUCACAGGAAGAGAAGCUCGUCCGGGUCGCCCAUACAACGACGAGAUGCUGAGAUUCGACGUCGAGCGUUUUGGUCCUGCUACUGCCUCGAUCGAGUGACUAGCAUAGUUCUUGGCCGAGCCUUUGCAAUCGCAGACCGAGACAUAAACGUUGAGCUCCCAAGCACGAGUCCGGACUUCUGGACGUUAACUCAUCGGAACGAGUGUGCUCCUAAUGUGGGCCAAUGGUCCAACAUACAGCCGUUCAUUCAUAUCAUCAAGCUGGACAAAAUCCAAUCGCGAAUCCACAAGACUGUCUUCCGUGUUGACAAAGACGUAAUGCGAAGCUCGCCCGCAGAACGGGUUAAGCUGGAUCAGAAGAUGACCAAAAUCAGGGAAGAACUUGACGAUUGGAUCAGUACGUUUCCUCAGACACCAAAAAAUGACAAUCAGAGUACUUGGAUGUACGACCCAGAGAGCGCGUACUUAGAUGCGCGCGACUUUUAUGGAGUGCAGUACCACAAAGCAGUAUUGUUUCUCUUCACCAUCUUUCUCCCAGCUCUCGAGACUUCGGAUGAACGCUUCAUUACUUGCGCGCGCUCUGCUGCCAGUGUUUGCAAUGCCUACAAGCGCCUGAGCCAGAACAAAACUCUGACGUAUACCAUGAUAUCCUUACAUUCGUGUUUCAUGGCUGGCUUGACGCUCGUCUACUGCAUCUGGCGAGAUCGCAAGCUUUUCUCAUACGAGGUCAUUGAGGCAACGCAAAGUUGCUCCCAGAUCUUGACCAUUUUCGGCGAGAAGUGGCCUGGAGCUGUGAAGUAUCGCGACAUCUUCGAUGCGCUAUCGCAGAGUCUGUUCAAAUUGACCAUGAGACAAGCGGACUCAGCAUCAGUUACGAGAAGCCCUACAUCGCUUCCCCUGAACCUCGAAUCAAAACUGAAACCUUCACUUGAAACAGCCGGUAUAGCACAGGGCAGCCCUAAAUCUUUGCCAUUCGAAGCAGCGCAAGCCAGUCGACCUACUAUGUCACAUCUCGUGACUGAUGCAGUCAAAGAAGCUUUCAUGGAAGUCGACGACGAGGCACCCGGCGGAUGGCAAGGAUGGAGAAUGUGGAACGAGAUGGUCACUGAGGAUGGGACAUCUGCACCGCGCCAAACUUCAGGGCUGGAUGCUGUUGAUAAUGAGGCAUUCGAUACCGAUUGGAACCCUCAACCAGGCUCGGCAGCGUAUGGAACAGACCCUGUUCAAGACGCAGCGAUGCAGAUGGACAACAUCGCUAUGAUGCAACACGAUCAAUGGAGUUUUAUUGGGUACAGAUGA